GGCUUUUCGCUCCAGAGGUGCUAGGCAAUCUCCUCCCAAAGUAGAGAGAGAAAUUGGAGACACAGUGAGAGAGAGGAAUAUGGUCGUGCUUCUUCAUCUUCCCGGAUUCCAGCCGUCGAUCUUUCUGACAAGGGCAUCACCUCUUUGCAAAACCCAUUUCAACUUUCUACGUAAAUUCAAAAUACCCAUUAUUAAAUCUACCCUCUCAACGGCCUCUGAACGCACCCACAGUAUCGAAAUACCGGAGGAAGAGACCCACGUCCAAAUUUCGCUUGAAAAACUCUUCAUCCCUCCGGAAACAGACAUCUCUUCCGAUACUUCCACAUUGAGCUUGAGUUCGAGAAUCUUGAAGGGCUCGAAUAUUUUGCUGAGUAAGUACGCGAGGGACGCUCAGAUUAUGCAAGCCGACUUUAUCAAAAGCAGUGUCAGGACCCAGGAUUGCCCCUCCGAUGGACUUCCCGAGUUUGCCCUUGUCGGCCGCUCCAACGUCGGCAAAUCCUCGCUGCUGAACUCGCUUGUACGCCGCAAGCGCCUUGCUCUUACGUCCAAGAAACCUGGGAAGACUCAAUGCAUCAACCAUUUUAGGAUCAAUGAUAGCUGGUACCUCGUGGAUCUGCCUGGAUAUGGGUAUGCAGCUGCACCACAGGAACUUCGUAUAGACUGGGAGAAGUUUACUAAAGACUAUUUCCUGAACCGACCGACGCUAGUUUCUGUGUUUCUUCUCAUAGAUGCUAGCAUUCCUGCCAAAAAAAUGGAUCUUGAGUAUGCUAGUUGGCUGGGUGAGAAUCAGAUUCCCAUGACUCUGAUCUUCACCAAAUGUGACAAGCGCAAGAAGAGAAAGAAUGGAGGUAAGAGGCCAGAAGAACAUGUGAAUGAUUUUCAGGAUUUGAUACGAAGCUUCUUCCAGACAGCACCACCGUGGAUUAUGACUAGCAGUGUUACCAAUCAAGGUCGCGAUGAGAUAUUACUGCAUAUGGCUCAGCUCCGGAAUUAUUGGCUCAAGCACUAAGAACUACUUUGUCAAGCCUUCCUGUUCUGAUUAGCCUCGCAUGUUUCUGACAAAGAAAAGUAAAGAGGAAAGUGCUUCAUCUUGAUGAAGAAAUUGUUGAUGCUGCGAAGUCUCCAUGAAGCAGCUGUAAGAUCCUAAACUAACCCCAACAGAUUCACGGAAAAAAGAGAAUAGUCGGAAGGGAGCUGGAUACUGUAUAAGGAAGUUGUACUCCUUAACCAUGGAAUCAAUCCUUUGUUCUUUUGUUAUUGUAGAAGUGAAUUUUACUCAAACCUCUAAAAUAUUUUAUUUUAGUUUUAUAAUUGAUCGACCAA